AUGGCCAGCUGCAGGCACCGGCUCAGUCCAUUUGACCACGCAAACGCAAAAAAUUGCUUCGAGUCCACUAGCACGGAUUCAUUUGGCUACGGGCACACAUACACGAUACCACAACCAUUCACCAGCCUCAUGGAAGCACGGCUCCAGUCAAUAUGGGCGCACGUCUUGAACUUGCCUCAUGUUGCGCUCGAUCAGCCAUUCCUCGCAGUUGGCGGAGACUCUAUCUCUGCGAUGCAGGUUGUAGGCCAAUGCCGGAAAGAUGGUAUUGGUCUUGGCGUGCAAGAAGUGCUACGCAGCCGCUCCAUCAUGCAAUUGGCCGAGGUCGUGAAGGAAAUCGAGCACAUUUCGUACGACACCGUUGAGUAUUUCGACGAGGAGUUUGACUUGACUCCGAUCCAAUCACUUUAUUUCCAGCGACCGAACGACGGACGCGGUCACUUCAAUCAGUCCUUCUAUCUGCAAGUGAGACAGAGGACAACAGAGGGAGAGUUCCGAGCCGCAGUGCAGCAGCUGGUAGCGCGCCAUUCUAUGCUACGCGCACGCUUCUCGCAUUCCGACGACUUAGGCUGGAAGCAACGUCUCACCAACGAUGUAACCGGUAGUUUUCGCUUUAGGCAUGGAAAUGUCUCAUCAAAGCAGGAGAUUGAUGUCAUGAUCGAGGACUCGCAACUUUGCCUGGAUCAUGAGCAUGGGCCCUUGUUCGCAGCCGACCUCUUUGAUUUCGGCGAGGACCAGUUCGCAUUUUUAACAGCACAUCAUAUUGUCAUUGACCUAGUCAGUUGGCGAGUGCUUCUAGAAGAACUUGAAGAAAUACUACGAGGCGGAGAAUCCCUGCCUCCAGGACUUCCAUUCCAAAAGUGGGCAGAACUACAAGUGGAACAUGCUGCAACACUGGAGUCAAGACACGUUCUCCCACCGGUAGAUGUUCCUCCGCUGGACUUUGACUACUGGGGUAUUACGCGGGAGGACAACACUUACGGUAAUGCUAGCCACGCGCUGUUCGAAUUAGACUCGGAUGUUAGCUCUGUGUUCUUGACCAGUUGCCAUGCUGCGUUCAAGACCGAGCCAGUGGAGCUACUUCUCGCCGCCCUCAUCCAUUCUUGGUCACAGGUUUUCGUGGACAGGCCGAUUCCCGCGAUUUUCAACGAAGGGCACGGUAGAGAGCCCUGGAGUCCCGAAAUUGACACAUCACGCACGAUAGGAUGGUUUACAGCUUUAUCGCCGAUACUUGUAACUCCAGCAUCAGAUGCCACCGAGACAGUGCGAAAAGUGAAAGACUUCAAGCGCCUGAUCCCCGGGAAUGGUCGGCCGUACUUCGCUCGAAGAUGUCUCACCGAAGAAGGACGUGCCGAGUAUCGGACCCAUUGGCCGAUGGAAAUCCUGUUCAACUACCUAGGCCAGUACCAACAGUUAGAAAGAGCAGAUGCACUGCUUCAGCCGCUCGACACAAUGGCCGGCGAGUAUCGCGCGGCUGGCGGUACCUCUGACUUUGGGCAUAUCACUCCUCGAUGGGGUUUAUUCGAGAUAUCUGCCAUCGUCUUCAAGGGUCGCCUCAAGUUCGCCUUUACAUUCAAUCGUCACAUGCGACAUCAGGAUCUUAUUCACCGAUGGGUUGAGCAAUGCCGUGAGACUUUGACGAGCAUGAUACGAAAACUCGUCGUUCUUGAGCCUUCACCUACACUCAGCGAUUUUCCAUUGUUGUCACUAAAUGAGGACCGUUUCCAGUCCAUGCUGGCCAGCUUGAACGUUAUGGGUAUCAUGCCUUCCGAGAUCGAGGAUGCAUAUCCUUGUUCGAACAUGCAAGAAGGGCUCUUGCUGUCCCAGAACAAGGACUCCGGCUUUUAUGCAGCGGCCACGUUACACGAGCUCAGACUACAUGGCGGACGUCUCGAAGCGAGGACGUUGGAUCGUGCUUGGCGACAAAUCGUUCGUCGCCACCCAGCACUGCGGACUAUCUUCUUGGAGAAUUUUGGCACACAAGAAGGCCUCUACAGUCAAGUUGUACUGCACUCUAUCGAGCCAAAUAUCGUGCACCUCCAAUGCGCAACUGAAAUGGCCUCCGUAGAUGUGAUCAAGAACCAACGAUCAGUGAGCUACGACGAUGGUAAAUGUCCAAAUCAUCGUUUCACUAUCUGCACCACACACGAUGGCAGGAUAUUCUGCUCUUUGGAAAUUAGUCAUGCUAUCAUGGACGGGCACUCGAUGAGUCUACUUGCAAGGGAACUUCGUGAAGCUUGUGAAGGGCACUUGCGAGGAGAGGGCGCGCCAUACCGCGAUUACAUCUCCUGGCUGUCAACACAACCCCAAGAAAGCAGCCUCGAAUUCUGGAGAUCAUACCUUAAAGGCAGCGAGAUUUGCUCUUUCCCUGCUCUCGAUGAUGGAGAGACGAUGGACAAGCGUUUGGUAUCAAUUCGCAUGGAUAUGGACAAUCUCAGUAUGCCAGAUCUCCAAGGCUUUUGCAACUCGAAUGGCAUCACACUUUCCAACAUUUUUCACACGGCAUGGGCUCUUACUCUCAGCUGCUAUGUUGGAAGCAAGGACGUAAACUUCGGCUACCUCACGUCCGCCCGUGACGCAGAAGACAUUCAUCGUGUUGGUGACAUUGUGGGCCCCAUGAUCAACACGCUCGUCUGCCGCGUCAACUUUACCGAUGGCUCUCAGACCCUACUUGAUGUCCUUCAGGAUGUUCAAAGAGAUUACAUGGAAGCGCUACCUCACCGGCACAUUGCAUUGGCUGAUGUUCAGCAUGCUUUGAAUCUCGCAGGCGCAAACCUGUUCAAUACAGCCCUUUCAUACCGUCGUUUGCCUCCAGAUACCGCUGCAGAGGCUACAGGUGUAGAGGUGAUCGAGAUCGAGCCAAUCUACGACCCUACAGAGUACCCAGUCAGCAUUAAUAUCGAAAUCGGCGACACCAGCGCAGCUGUCGAUCUGGAUUAUUGGUCCGACUUUUUAUCCGCUGGCCAAGCAGCCAAUGUUGCGAGCACUUUUGUGCGCGCACUGGAGAACAUUGUAUACCAGGCCAGGCGCCGCAUUUCCUCUCUCGAUUUCCUUAGUGGUCAGCAAUGGCUGCAGAUCCAGGCGUGGAACGCCAUGCCUCCAACAUUGAACGACUGCGUACACAACAAAAUUGCGUUGUGGGUUGCAUCGCAGCCAGACGCGCCCGCCAUCCGCGCUUUCGAUGGCGACUAUACCUACGCUGAACUCGACGCCGUGAGCAAUCGUCUGGCGCAUUGCCUUGUGAGCCUUGGCGUCGGACCAGAGAAUUUUGUGCCGACGUGCUUCGACAAGAGUAAAUUUGCCAUCAUUGCUAUGCUCUCUGUUCUCAAGGCAGGAGGCGCAGCAGUGCCGCUGGAUGCUAAGCAUCCCAGAUCGGCGCUCCAGACGCGGUUGGAGGAUGCGUCUGCCACCAUAGUGCUCACUACGGCUUCUCGCUUAGAGAAGCUCGAAGGGUUGUCUCCCAAUGUCAUGGUGAUCGAUGAUGCUUUCUUGGAUCAGCUUCCUGUGCCUACUGGACCAGCUUGCACCAGUGUGCAACCACAUAAUCCCUGCUUUGUCAUCUUCACCAGCGGGAGCACUGGGCGCCCAAAAGGAGUGGUGCUUGAGCAUGCUGCUAUGGUGACCAGCGCAGAAGCUCAUGGCUCGCGGCUGGGCCUUCGGCCGGGCUCGCGAGUGUUACAGUUUGCCAGCUAUACGUUUGACAACUCAUUGGAGGAGAUGUUCACGUCACUUCAACGCGGAGCUUGCGUCUGCGUUCCCUCAGAAGAGCAGCGCUUCAACGACAUUUCGGGCGCAAUCACUGAAUUGGAUGCUAACUUUAUGGAUCUCACGCCUACUGUAGCAGCAUUACUGGAUCCCAAAGACGUGCCGACAAUCAAAGAUCUGGCACUUGGGGCUGAGCCUCUUACGAAAGCCCUCAUCGAGACCUGGCGGCCGCAUGUUCGGGUAUACGGGCAAUAUGGCCCCAGUGAAGCUUCCAUCAACUCCGCAUUUCGGGAUUUCACAAAUGGUGGUGAAGCGACCAAUAUUGGCCGAGCUGUCGGAAGCAUCUCGUGGAUAACCGACCCUGAGAACCGCGACCGCCUUAUGCCGAUCGGCUGCAAAGGAGAACUGCUCAUUGAAGGUCCCAUUCUUAGUCGAGGAUAUCUCAAUGACCCGGAGAAGACUGCUUUGGCUUUCAUUCAAGACCCUGAGUGGGCUCGUACCACCGGCAGAACGGGUCGGCGAUUUUACUGCACAGGCGAUUUGGUCCAGUACACCUCUGAAGGCGAGAUGGUCUACAUGGGCAGGAAGGACAACCAAGUGAAGCUCAACGGACAGCGUAUUGAGCUCGGUGAGAUUGAGCAUCACCUCAAGCUUAAUCUUCCAGCGGGUGCCAAGUCAGCUGUGGAGCUUGUAAAGUUCACCGAAAGCAAAUCCCUGGUCGGGUUCAUUUGUCUGGAUGCUGAGUCGUUGGCAACUCCCGCCAUUGCAGAGAUGACAGACUCUGUGCGCGUUAUUGCUAAGCGGGUCGAGGUUGCUCUUGGCGAAGCACUCCCAUCAUACUACGUUCCCGCUAUGUUCAUGCCUGUGGCGAGUAUGCCGAUGACUACAUCUGGGAAGCUCGACCGUAAAGUGUUGCGACAAUUGGCAGCAGAAGUCUCUGAUUCACAAAUGGCCGCCUUCCGACUAGCUGGUAACAGUGGUCGGGAGCCCUCUGGACACGUCGAAGUAACGCUGGCUUACCUAUGGGCUGAAGUCCUUAAGCUGAGUGCCGGCACUGUUGGAGCAGAAGAUUCUUUCUUUCGACUUGGUGGCGACUCCAUCAGCGCCAUGCGUCUCGUCUCUGCAAGUAGGAGGGAAGGCGUGGUGCUCAACGUCGCAAAUGUUUUUGCUCACCCGAAGCUUGAAGAGAUGGCUGCAACAGUCUCGGUCCUCUCUUCAGAAGAACGUACGAGCCAGGCCAACGUGACAGUCGUUCCGUUCGAGCUCAUUCCUCAGAGUGACAAACGCCGCAUCAUAGACUUUGCUGCUAUCGAAUGUGGCGUCUCUUCUGACGCUAUCGAGGACAUGUACCCUUGUAGUCGCUUGCAAGAGGGACUCAUCUCCUUGUCCACUCGAGAUCCAGGGUCCUACGUAGCGCAGCCAACAUACCGGCUGCCGACAACGAUUGAUGUACCGCGGUUCAAAGAGGCUUGGAACAAAGUCAUCGCCAAUGAAGCAAUACUCCGUACACGUAUCAUCCAUAACGACCAGUUCGGCUUCCUUCAGGUCGUAGUUAAGGACCAACCACAAUGGCAAUCAUUGACGAGCCUAGAGGACAUUGAAGAAGCUCACCGACAACUACCAGCCAUUCCGGGUGGUCCUUUGAUCAGCUACACUAUUGUCGGCGAAGCCACCAAUUCCACAUUCUUUAUCUGGACUGCGCAUCAUGCUGUCUACGAUGGCUGGAGUUGGUCGACUCUUUUCAAUCAAGUCGAAUCUUGCUACAGAGACAUGAAGCCAGACCUGCCGCCAUCCGUGCCAUUCUCCCACUUCAUCAAGUACCUUUCGACACUCAAGAAGGAAGACUCGGAUGCAUUCUGGCUGGCGCAUCUGGAGGGCAUAACUGCUCCACAGUUCCCACAACUUCCUGCCCCGGAUUACAAGGUACAGGCAACAAGCCAACUUGUUUACGACAUACAUUUGCCACACCGCUCGGACACAGAGGUUACGGUGCCGUCAGUCAUACGGGCAGCAUGGGGCCUUUUGCUCGCUACCUACUCCGGAUCAGACGAUGUACUCUGGGGUGAAACGAACAGCGGGCGAGAAGCAUCUGUUGUUGAUAUCGAAAGCAUCAUUGGACCUACUCUCACUACAGCACCCGUGCGCCUCAGACUGAACCGCGCACUAUCAGUCCGCGAUUACCUUCAAGAGACACAACGCCAGGCCUCUGCAACCCUACCUUAUCAAUUUGCCGGAUUGCAACACAUCCGAAAACUGAAUUCCGAGACUGCCGUAGCUUGCGACUUCCAAAGCUUCCUGGGCAUUGUUGCAGGCGACAAUUUACAGGAUGUCGAAAGCGAUCUGUGGAACAUGCAGAGUACUGGAACGCCUGGCACGAACUUUUUCAGCUAUGCUCUCGUCUUCAACUGUACUGUCGAGGGGGAUAGAAUCAACGUGGAAGUACUCUAUGACAGCAAUAUCACAGAAACAUGGUUCAUCGAGCGUUUGACUAAGCAGUUCGAUUUUAUCAUCAAAUGUUUCAGCUCUGCCGACUAUCUCAGCCAGAAGUUGGACGAUAUCGUGCUUGUGAACCCCGCAGAUAUGGAGACGAUCAAGAACUGGAACAGUACGUCUGUACCCACCAUCAGCCGUUGCAUCCAUGAUGUUAUUUCGGAACAUUAUGCAACGUCACACUCGACUGCUAUUGCCUUGGAUGCCUGGGACACAGGGGCGAUGACCUAUGGCGAACUUGAAGAAAGGGCAAAUCGACUAGCCUCUCGCUUGAUAUCACUUGGUGUUCAACCCGGAUCUUUCGUGCCACUAUGUUUCGACAAGUCGGGCUGGACGAUCGUAGCAAUCCUUGCCGUGCUGAAAGCUGGGGCCGCGUUCGUUCCCCUCGACUUUGAAGCGCCUAUCUUGCGACUGCGCGAGCUUGUCAAGGAUGUCAAAGCACAGUGGAUACUAUGCGCGCCCAACUUCGAGCAGAUGUGCACAUCUAUGGGCUGCAAUGCGAUUGCCAUCGAUCGCGAUGGAACCGAACCGGAUCGGCACCGAACUGAGGUUCUGCCGCAGGUGCGAAGCGACAGCGCGGCGUAUGCCUUCUUCACGUCUGGCACGACUGGAAAACCUAAAGGUGCCGUCAUCAAUCACUCAAACUGGGUUUCCAGCUCCACGGCGUUCGCGCCCAUGUGGGGCAUCUCCGAAUCCUCGCGCGUCCUGCAGUUCGCAUCGUAUGUCUUCGAUGCUUGCCUGAUAGAAAUAUUCAGUACGCUCAUGCAGGGUGGCACUGUCUGUAUACCAGAUCAGGAUUCGCGGACUAAUGAUCUUGUUGGUGUCAUCAACAAGUUUAAUGUAAAUUGGGCCGCCCUGACGCCAUCCCUUGUACGCACCAUUCAGCCUUCCCAGGUACCCAACCUAGAGGUGCUUGUGCUUGUAGGCGAGGUAAUGUCUCAACAAGAUCUGCUUACUUGGACUGACCGUGUUACCUUGGGUAAUGGAUAUGGUCCUACAGAGUGCAGCUGUGUUUCCACGUUCAACAUUAUGACGCUUCGAACAAAGCCGAACAACUUGGGCAAAGCCGUCACAUCGCGAGGCUGGGUUGUGCUACCUAAAAAUCACCACGCACUCGCACCUGUGGGCGCUGUCGGUGAACUGCUACUUGAGGGUCCGGCAGUCGGUGCAGGGUACCUGAACGAUCCAGCGAAGAGCGCAGAAGCAUUCGUGCGAGAUAUCAAAUGGGCGUCUGAUACUUCGGAGUUCAUGUCCUCCAAGUUUUACAAAACUGGUGACUUGGUGAAGUAUACCGAGGACGGAACUAUGCUCUACCUUGGACGCAAAGACUCUCAGACCAAAGUGCGUGGACAACGGCUCGAACUCUCUGAAGUCGAACAUCACCUCAUGGAAGAUGGCGCAGUUCAAAAUGCACUCGCUGCCGUUCCAACUUCUGGGCCAUGUGCAAAAAGGCUUGUUGGCGUGGUUUCCAUUAGAGAUCCCUCUCUUUCGGGCGCGCCGGCCGCAAUACUCGAAUUGCUUCCGACGGAAAUGGCCUCUUUGAACAUCAGCAUCAUUCGAGAUCGUUUGUGUGAGAGGCUGCCUUCGUACAUGAUCCCUUCGCUGUGGCUAGCCAUUUCUCAAUUUCCGUUAACUCCAGGAGGUAAGAUGGACCGCCGUCGUGUAGUGCAGUGGUUGGAGGAGAUGAACGCCGACACCUACCGCACGAUCUCAUCAUUAGGCCUAGAAGAGGCCAACGAUGAUGCGAAUAGUACUGAACGCGCGCUCCAAGGCAUCUUUGCAAAGGUUUUGAGCCUUCCGGUCGAAGACAUCCGCCUCAAUCAGUCCUUCCUGCAUCUUGGUGGCGAUUCAAUCGCUGCUAUGCAGGUCUCAUCGCAAUGUCGCUCCCAAGGUCUUGCCGUGUCCGUACAGGAUCUCAUCCGCGCAAAGUCAAUUACCGUACUUGCUGCGUCGGUCGCGCCAGUGGAAAAGAACGAUUCGAAUAUAGGUGCAGCGCAAGACUACAGUCUUCCUUUUGAGCUCUCGCCCAUCCAGCAGUUGUUUUUCCGUACUGUUGGCGACGAGUACAACCAUUUCAAUCAAGCUGAGCUCUUUCGGUUGUCGCGAAACUUUGACGUGGAGGAAAUACGAGCAGCGUGCGAUGCGCUGGUCGACACUCACCCAAUGUUACGAGCGCGCUUCGUUCGUAACGAGAAAAAUAUCUGGAACCAAAAAGUAUCAGCGGAUAAGAACUCAUUGAGACUGCGCCAACAUCGCGUCGCAACGUCGGACAACAGCGAUUUGCAACCAGUCAUCAACGACAGCCAAGGAACGCUCGAUAUUACAAACGGACCGGUUUUUGCAGUUGAUGUAUUUGAAAUUGAUGACACGUUCUCACAGGCUAUUGCGAUGGUAUCACAUCAUUUGGUCAUCGAUGUGGUCUCAUGGGGCAUCAUCCUCGAGGAUUUUCAGGGACUACUUAGCGGCAUCAGGCCACCACCGCAGAGCCUCCCGUUCCAUUCCUGGUUACAACAACAAGCGUCACAAGCAAAGCAGACUUCGACCAGUAAAGUUUUCCCAUUGAAGGCCAUCGCGACAGCCGACCAGAGUUAUUGGGGCAUGGAAGAUCGGGACAACCUCAGCGGAGAGGUCAUCGAACAGGACAUUGCUCUCACCACUCGAGACACUAUGCUCUUACUUGGUGCUCAAGAUGCGUUAGGCACCGAUACCUUGGAUAUCCUUGUCGCGGCUCUCCUUGAAUCGUUCCGAAAGACCUUCCCUGAUAGGUCGACUGUCACAAUCCACAAUGAGGGUCACGGACGAGAGCCGUUCGAUUCUAAGCAAGACCUGACUCGUACGGUUGGGUGGUUCUCCACCAUUUCGCCAAUACCUCUGCCCGUAUCUUUGGAAGACUCAACAGACCUUGUGAGUACGAUUCGCUGGGUAAAGGAUGUGAGGGAAAGAACGCCCGACAAAGGUCGACCCUACUUCGCGCAUAGCCAGCUCACGGAGACUGGGCUGACCUCUUUCGCCAGUCAUUGGCCGGCUGAGGUGCUCUUCAACUACCAUGGGCGGGUUCAACACCUAGACCGAAACGAUGCGCUGCUUCAACCCCUUGAAGGUGUUGAUACCAAGGAGGUUGGCGAUUGUGUUCCCCGCAUGGCACUAUUCGACAUCACUGCAGCUAUAUCGCAGGGUGCUAUUAAAAUGUCCUUUGGCUUUAACCGUCACAUGAAACGCCAGAACGAGAUCCGAGCAUGGAUUGCAGAGUGCCGGCAAACCCUCGUUGAUGCUGUCGAUCAGCUCCUGCAGGUGCGACCAGAGCGUAGUCUUGGCGACUUCAAGCUUCUUCCACUCACCUACAACGGAAUGUCACGAUUAUCAUCGGUGCUCCCGGCUGGCACUACCAUUUCCGACAUCGAAGACAUUUACCCCACCUCUCCAAUGCAACAGGGCUUGCUGCUUACGCAAAUGCGCGACCCUGAGCUGUAUCUAUAUCACGCCAUUACUGAGGUGCAAUGCGCCAAUACUCAACAAAACGUGGACCCACGAAAAAUUGCCGAGGCGUGGCAGGUGGUUGUUCAUCGGCAUCCAAUCUUGCGCACGAUUUUCAUCGACAGUCUCGCCAAGGAUGGCUCAAAGAACCAGAUUGUCAUGAAGACCAAGCCCGGGAGAGUCCAGUUCAUUACAGACUGUUCGGAUGAUGAAGUUGCCAGAACCUUGCGCGAGAUACCGGGCAUCGAUUGUCGCGAGUCUCUGCCACCUCACCGCAUGACCAUCUGCAAAACGAAGACAGGAAGAGUGUGGUUUAGGCUUGAGCUGAGCCAUGCCAUCAACGACGGCACUUCCAUCACGAACAUUCUCAGCGAUAUGUCGCAGGCUUACGAGAGGAAAUUGACUCGUGCUGAUGUUGGUCCAUCGUACCGCGACUUUAUUGCACACAUUCUCUCUUCCAGCCAGGAAGCCGAUAUCGCGUAUUGGAAAAACUACCUUUCUGGGAUUGAGCCAUGCUUCUUCCCAAAUCUGAAUGACGGUAAAACGGGUGCACACGAGCACAGCUCUGUGGAGGUUAGCAUCACUGAUGUGACUGCCGUUCAAAACUUUUGCAAGAAGAAUGGUGUCACAUUGUCCAACGCUCUGCAAGUUGCGUGGGCUUUGGUGUUGCACUGCUUUGUCGGCGCAUCCGAUGUUUCAUUCGGCGUGGUAGCGUCCGGACGCGAUGUUCCCGUGAAGAACAUAGAAGAGGCUGUGGGCGUUUUCGUCAACAUGCUCAUCGCUCGUCUCACCUUUUCAGACGAAACGACGAUCAGCCAGCUCCUAGAGACCAUCCAAACUGAUUCUGUCAACGCCCUGGCCCAUCAAGCAUGCUCUCUGGCCGACGUGCAGAAUGAACUACAGCUUCCUGCGCUCUUUAACUCUGCUUUCACUUUCCAGCGACGCUCGCUUUCGCGUGAUCCAGAGCAGACCGCACUUAUAUAUGAGAACAUGGAGUCUGAGGACAACGGUGAAUAUGCCAUCACCAUCAAUGCCGAUGCAUCCGAAGAUGAGAUCUCCGUUGACUUUGGCUAUUGGAAAGACAAGGUCUGCACAACUCAAGCGCAAAACAUAGCAGACACAUUCGAAAGGAUUCUUCUUGGUAUUGUCUCAAGCGAUGCCCGUGAGCUCACUGUCGGUAAAAUUGAGGUGUUCACAUCCAGCAGCAUGCAGCAAGUCAUGGAGUGGAACAUCAACCCACACCCACCUAUCGUCAAAUGUGUCCAUGAGGUCAUCCAUGAGCAAGCUUUGACACGACCACGGACAGCAAAAGCGAUAGAUGGCCAUGACGGUAACUUCACCUACCAAGAGUUCGACAAAGUCACAGAUCAGCUUGCCUUCCAUCUCCAGAGCAUCGGAGUGACAACCGAGACUUUUGUUCCGAUUCUGUUCGAGAAGUCGUCCUGGGCUAUUGUCAGCAUGAUAGCCAUCAUGAAGGCAGGUGGUGCCUACGUGCCUCUCGACCCGAAGCAUCCCGAGACACGACUGCGGGAACUAAUCAGCGACGUGGGCGCAAAGGUAGUGCUAUGCUCGCGCGCACAUCAUGGUAGGGCAACGGAGGUUGCAGAGAAGCCCGUCCUGGUUGACGCGCAAGCGUUCAGAAAGCUGCGUCUACCAUCGACAGCGAAACCAAAGUCGAAUGCGACGCCGAACAACGCUGCAUACUGCCUCUUCACUUCCGGCACUACCGGCAAGCCGAAGGGUACCAUCAUCCCUCACGGAGCAUUCUGCACAAGUGCAGCUGCAUUCACACGUCGCAUGAAUAUCAACGCAACUUCUCGAACCUUCCAAUUCGCUAGCUACACAUUUGAUGCUAGCUGCAUCGAGAUUUUGUCUGCACUCACAGUCGGUGCUACCGUAUGUGUGCCAAGCGAAGAAGAACGCAUGAAUAACCCUGCUGGGGCCAUUCGCAGGCUCAAGGCGACGUGGUCCCUGCUCACACCAUCCGUGCUCGGAACCAUCGAACCUGAUCGCGUCCCUUGCCUCAAAACUCUGGUUGCGGGUGGAGAAGCUUUACCGGGUCCAAUCAUCAAGAAAUGGGGCACGAGUACUUGCUUCAUCAACGCAUAUGGACCUACCGAAUGCGCAGUCGUCGCUGCAACUUGCUACAAAUCGACGCUCGAUCACAAACUUCUCGAAACGGAGCCUGGGACAAUUGGCACUGGAUCCGGGGCUCGGUUAUGGGUUGUGCAUCCUCGCAAUCAUGAUAAACUCAUGCCCGUUGGAAGUGUUGGCGAACUUGUCAUUGAAGGACCGACAGUUGCGAGAGGCUAUCUCAACGACGAGGUCAAGACGGCCAAGGCAUUCAUUGAAAACCCCGCAUGGGUAUCUGCCAUUGCUGCAAAACACCCUGGCUUCACUGGUUCACGCAUGUACAAGUCUGGUGAUCUCGUGCGCUACAACUCGGACGGAUCGAUCAGCUACAUCGGACGCAAAGAUACACAGAUCAAGCUCAAUGGCCAGCGGAUUGAGCUUGGAGAAAUUGAGUUCCAUGUCGGCAAGAACUUUCCCGAGCAUGUCCAAUCUGCCGUGGAGCUGGUCGCGCCCUCUGGUCGAUCUGCGAAAGCACUUGCCGUGUUCUUUGCUCUCGUUCAUGAUGAGUUCGAUGAGCCUCUAGAGACAAUACAACCCGCCUCGACUGAUCUGCCCGCUUCUGAUGAGCUUCUAUUACCCAUGAGCGAUGAUUUGCGCGACAUGUGCAAAUCGACAGAGAAUGGACUCGGUGGUGCUCUUCCAUCGUACAUGAUACCCGCAAUCUUCAUCCCAAUUAGGAAGAUGCCAUGGACUUCUGCAGGGAAGCUCGAUCGCAACCGCUUACGAAAUCUGGUGCAUAAUCUCAGCAGAGAGGCUAUGACGCCUUACCGACUCACGAGUAUGAUGAACAAGAGACAGCCCAUCACUGCAGUCGAGAAGAAGCUACACAGGGUUGUAUGCUCGGUCCUGAGCUUGCCAUCAUCCGCUGUCGGCAUCGACGAUAGCUUCAUUCGUCUUGGUGGCAACUCGAUUCUAGCAAUGCGACUCGUUGCAGCUGCACAAUCCGAACACAUGGAUCUCUCAGUCGUAGAUAUAUUCCUGCAGCCGAAGCUGUCUGACCUCGCUGCAAAGUGUGGAUCUGUCGACACAGCCAAGGCUCCAGAGAAGGCAAUCGAGCCUUUCGAUUUGCUCCAGUCUACCGCUCCUCGAGCCCAGAUCAUCGAAGAGAUUUCUCAGCAAUGCCACGUGCCUGCAGCGCAUGUUCAGGACGUUUUGCCAGUGAGCCCCUUGCAAGAAGCGCUGCUCACGCUUUCAAUCAAACAGCAAGGCGCAUAUGUCGCGCAGCAUGUGCUAGAGCUUGCAAGUUCAAUCGAAAUCAGCAAGCUCAAAGAAGCGUGGCAGAAAGCAGUGCAAGAGGUGCCAAUUCUUCGAACGCGCAUUGCCCAGUUGCAGUCUGGUCAAUUUCUACAAGCCGUUCUAGCCAAUGCUCCCAUUCCAUGGCGCGAGAGCACCUCGCUUGAUGAUGUUGAGCAAGACGCAAAACGAGUCCCCGAGUACAUUGGCGCGCAAUUGACCGCAUACACCAUCGUGAGCACAAAAGAUAAGAAAUACCUCGUAUGGACCAUUCAUCACUCACUCUACGACGGCUGGAGCAUUGCGUUGCUGCUUCAACGUGUUCAGCAAAUCUACCAGACCGGUCAAUCAGACGCUGCGCACACAGCUUACGCCAAUUUCAUCAAAUACCUCUCGAAUGUUGAUGUUGAAGCAUCAAGAUCAUUCUGGAGGCGUAAUUUGGCUGGUGUCGCAUCUUACCAGUAUCCACAACAAAACCAUUCUGCACUUGACGAGUCGCCAACUGGUAACACAUUGCGCCACACCAUGAAACUUGCACCGCCAAAACAGAGUGACGUCACCCCAUCGAAUGCGAUUCGGGCAGCAUGGGCUUUACUACUGGCAGCCUACACUGGGAGUGAUGACGUGGUUUUCGGAGAGACGCUCACUGGCAGAGAUGUCGCAGUCACUGGCAUCACCGAGAUUUGCGGCCCGACUCUGACUACUGUCCCCACGAGAGUGCAGAUUCAUCGCUCUUCAAGCAUCUCGGAUCUGCUGAAGGCCAUUUCGGCCAACGUCGCUGAGCGUAUCCCUCAUCAGCACUUCGGGCUCUCCGAGAUCAAGAGGCUUGGCGAUGGCAUAGCAGCUGCAUGCAAUUUCCACAACCUGCUCGUAGUCCAGACUGAGGGCGAGAAUGUUGCCGAAUCGAUGUGGUCCGUCCAUGAUGGCGGCUCGCAGGGUGCCUUUUUCACCUAUCCGCUGGUGAUCGAGUGUACUAUGGGUGCUUCGAACGUUGAAUUUUUGGCGCAUUACCACGAGAACGUUAUCUCAACGUUUGAGGUUCAGCGAUUGUUGUAUGGCUUUGAAUCUGUCCUUACCCAACUUGGCUCGGUCAGUAAAGUCCAGGAUAUUCGUAUGCUGAGCGACCAAGACCUCCAAUUGCUGCGCACCUGGAAUGCCAAUGAACCAGUCAUCAUCCAUGAGACAAUAACGUCUCUGUUCGCCAAGCAAGUUGAGAGACAGCCCAAUGCCAUCGCCGUCUCUGCUUUUGAUGGCGAUUUCACAUAUGUUGAACUCCACGACCUCGCCUCUCGCCUUGCGCAAGAGCUCAUCAGUCUCGGGGCUGUACGAGAACAACUCAUACCCACAUGUCUCGACAAGUCUCGAUGGGCAGUGGUCGGAAUCAUGGCCAUCCUCAUUUCCGGGGCUGGCUAUGUACCUUUGUCUGCAUCGCAUCCUGCUUCUCGACAACUGCAGAUCAUGACAGAUUGCAAUGCCUCAAUCGUGGUCUGCUCUCCGCAAUACCAGAUACGAUUCGCUGGAGCAGUUCCAAAGGUGGUUGGCGUCAGCGAGGAAUCGGUACUCAAUCUUCCCACACCACAGCGCAACAUAUCUUCGCGCGCAAAGGGCUCCGACCCCUGCUAUGUGAUCUACACUUCCGGCAGCACAGGUACACCAAAGGGCGUGGUGAUAGAGCAUCGAGCAAUUGUCUCGAGCUCUGCUGCUAUCUGUAAGGGCCUCCAUAUGACCCCAACUUCGAGGGUGUUCCAAUUCUGCUCGUUCCUGUUUGAUGUAUCUAUUGGGGAAAUACUUACGCCUCUCACGUGCGGUGCGACGAUCUGCAUGCCAUCUGAGCAGCAGCGUACUACGGAUGUUGCAGCUGCGAUCACGUCCCUGAAGGCUGACUGGGCCUUCUUGACACCAUCCGUGGCCUGUCUGAUUGAUGGGCCGCACGCAGUACCUACCUUGAAGACAUUGGUCGCCGGUGGCGAGGCCAUGACUCCUGAAGUCAUCGACAAGUUUGCGGCUGGCUUAAAGCUAUACAACGGCUACGGACCUACAGAGGCUACUGUCUUCUCGAUUACGAACGACCGGGUCUCAGUUCAACGAGAUGCAACGAAUAUUGGCCAUGUAACUACGAGUGGAAGGAGUUGGCUUACCAAUCCGACAAACCCUCAUCAACUCGCGCCUCUGGGUGCUGUUGCUGAGCUGUGUCUCGAAGGCCCGUUCCUUGCCAAGGGCUAUCUGAACAACCCUGAAAAGACAGCCGCUUCCUUCAUAGAGAACCCAGGAUUCAUGGAACAGUUUAGCAAAGCAAGUGCGACACGUAUCUACUGCACCGGCGAUCUUGUUCGAUAUGCUCCCGACGGGUCAAUUACCUACCUUGGCCGCAAAGACAACCAGGUCAAGCUCGCAGGUCAGCGUAUUGAGCUUGGUGAAAUCGAACACCAUCUCCAAACCGAUUCAAAUGUCCGGCAUGUUGUGGUUCAUCUGCCCAAAUCUGGACCAGGCAAGGGCAGGCUCGUUGCUACAGUCGCGUUUGCAACGGAGUCUGCUACGGUGAACAUCGAUGAUCAGCAGUGGCGAAGCCUUUCAAGCAACCCUGAGAUACCCUCGAAGAUUAACGGAGCAAGGGAGAGACUCUCUGAUCUAAUUCCUUCAUACAUGUUACCCGUCGUAUGGAUUGCUGUACCCCGCAUACCAUUGUUGGCGUCAGCGAAGGUCGACAGAGAACAGGUCGGCGCGUGGCUUGAGACAUUGGACGACGCCGCCUUCCAGGAAAUCCUCGAUAUCGAGAGGAGCGGUCACGACAAAACGGCCGUACCAGAUUCCGACACUGCUACCUUGGUGCAAAAGAUAUGCGCUGGGGUAUUGGACGAGCGUGUCGAGGAUGUUAAUAUGAGUCGCUCGUGGCUAUCACUGGGUGGCGACUCGAUCACGGCGAUGCAGCUACUUGCCAAAUGUAGAGCUGAAGGCAUACACCUCACACUCAAUCAAGUUCUGCGCGCCAAGUCCAUCGCGCAUCUUGCGCGCAGUAUCGAGCCAUCACUCACCCUCGACUACGGAAACGAGCAGACCGAUAAGUUGUUCAAACUCUCCCCUGUCCAACAGCUUUACUUCAAAACGAAGGGCAAUGAGAGCGGCUCCCACUUCAACCAAUCUUUCACGGCCCAGCUGUCACGCGCAAUAGCGACAGAAACCUUGAAGCGCGCUUUUGACGCCAUUUUGAAGUGCCAUUCAAUGCUGCGUGCGCGCUUCGUCCGAGGUGAUGAUGGUGCGUGGCAGCAGCUUGUGCUUGGAAAUAUACCAGAAUCUUACACUUUCUCUGUCCACAACGUCGCUGCUGCUUCUGAUGCAGCGGAGAUCAUUUCGACAACCCAAAAGAGUCUCGAUAUCCAGCAAGGCCCGGUAUUUGCUGUAGAUAUUUGCAACACUCAGUCGGGCGGGCAGGUUGUUUCCAUUGCUGCGCAUCAUCUCGUCGUUGAUGUGGUCAGCUGGAAAGUCAUUCUUGGCGAUCUGGAAGAAAUCAUCAACUCCGGAUCUGGCCAUGCUUUGCAGAAGGGGCUUCCUUUCCAGAUGUGGUGCGAAAAGCAGGCCACACACGCGCGCAAAUCUUCAACACAAGAGGCUGUGCGGAAAAAUACUCCAGCAAUAGAGCCCACUGAUCUUCCGUUCUGGGGCAUGGACAAACGAGCAAACGUGUAUGGCGACGUAGAACGCGACGAUUUCACAAUCGAUGCGGACACCACAGCUCUGGCACUCAACCCCAACGGGGUGCUUAGGACCGAUGUUGUCGACAUCCUACUCGCGGCCACAGUCCAUUCCUUUACACGCGUUUUUGUCAAUCGCAAAGCACCCACCAUCUUUAACGAGUCACACGGCCGGGAACCAUGGGAAGGAAGCAAUAUAGACCUUUCUCGGACAGUCGGAUGGUUCACAUCCCUUUACCCAAUCACUGUACCUAUUGCGGAAGAUGAGGACGAGGUGGUACAUACUCUACGCCAAGUCAAGGAUCUCCGGAGACGCAUUGUGGACAAUGGCCGACCCUACUUUGCGCAUCGUUUCCUUGCCGAUGACGGGCCGCAACCCUCAUCCGAAGCACCAAUGGAAGUCCUUUUCAACUAUCUUGGCAAGAGCCAACAAACAGAGUCAGGCGACUCGCUUUUCAAGCCUGUAGUCUUUGAUGAAGAUGAAGACGAGGAGACAUCUGACGUUGGCAUGAAGACAGCCCGUCUGGCGCUCUUCGAGAUAUCCGCAUCUGUUGUCGACGGACAGAUUCAGAUGAGCUUCAUGUACAACCGAUGGAUGAAGAAUCGAAAAGGCAUCCGACGAUGGAUUGCGGAAUGUCAGCGAACACUUCAAGAGAUAGUCAGCACACUUGCCGAGAUGAAGACGCCUCAACCCACGAUGGCUGAUUUCCCACUACUCCCGUUGGAGUCGUACGAGCGUCUCGAUCGUGUCAUGAGAACACUGCCAGCAACUGGCGUCGCCACUUUCGAACAAGUUGAAGACAUAUAUCCCUGCUCUGCUAUACAAGAGGGUAUGGUUCUAAGCCAGAUUAAGGACCCCGAAUCAUACUGGUCCUUCACGACCUUAGAAGCCAAGUCGAAGAGUCGCGCCAUCGAGACGAACAAGUUGGCCAAUGCGUGGCAGAAAGUGGUGAACCGCCACCAAGCACUCCGAACGGUCAUUGUGGAUAGUGUCUGUAAGGGUGGAGUUUUCGAUCAGAUCGUAAUCAAAAAGCCAGACACAGGCCUGGUCUCAUACACUUGCUCCGACGCAGAGCUGACAGCCAAGCUUGCAUCAAUUCAGUAUGCUGACCUGAACGGCAAGAGAAAGCCAAAUCUUCCACACCAAGCUGCCAUCGUGCAGACUACCUCCGGGAAGGUCGUCGUGAAGAUCAUCGUCAACCACGCUGUGAUCGAUGGAGGCUCGUUGGCGAUUCUCGGGCGCGACCUCGAAGAUGCUUACGAAGACACGCUUUCCGAAGACGAAGGCCCGCUCUACAGUGGCUAUAUUAGAUACCUCCGUGGUCUCGACUCCAAAGUCGCUAUUGGGUACUGGAAGAAUCAGCUCACUGGUGCCCAGCCCUGCUACUUCCCACCCAUGCCCCAGCAGAUUGGCAAGCAGCGCCAGCUUCAUUCAGUGGACAUGAGAUUCCAUAGGUUUGCCGACCUUCAUGCCUUUGCUGAGACUAGCAACGUCAGUCUAGCCAACAUUCUGCUCGCAGCCUGGGCGUUCGUACUUCGAUCAUACACAGGAUCGUCAGAUGUAUGCUACGGAUACCUCACGUCUGGCCGGAAUGUGCCCGUAGAUGACGUUGAGAACGCAGUUGGUGCCUUCAUCAACAUGCUGGUGUCGCGCAUCAAAAUCGUGCAUUCUGCUUCACUUGUCGAUGUCAUCCAGAAAGUUCAAAACGACUUCAUCGAGUCUGUCCCACAUCAGCACUGCUCUUUGGCUCAAUUCCAGCAUGAUCUGGGUUUGGGCGGCAAGGCUUUGUUCAACACUGCUGUUUCUAUCCAAAACAGUGGCGCAUCUCAAGGUACUGUCAAGCCUGACGCCGACCUCGAAUUGGAGCAGAUUGCUGGUCACGAUGCUAGUGAAUACGUCAUAACUCUCAAUAUGGAUGUGACCCGUGGCGACGAAGCAGUGCGGUUCACUUACUGGACUGAUGCUGUCUCGGAUGGUGAAGCGAAGAAUGUUUGCUCCCUCAUGGCGAAGAUCUUGACUCAAGUCCUUGGCAAUCCAAAACAAACGGUGGCCAAUCUCGAUGUCGCUGUUUCGGAAGUCGCCUUUGCCAAGUUCGCCAUCUUUGUCGCCGACGGCAACAUUUCCGCCAAGAAUGAGACCGAGAACUCUAUACCUCGAAUCGGCGCGACUCGUGUUGCAUCGCCGACGCCAGCCGACACUCCAGACUGGAACAAUCUCAUCCGUUCAAUCGUUGCGGAGAUGGUGCCGCAAAUUGUGGACCAAGUCAUGGCAAAGAAUAAGGCGGUUACCGAGCCAGCGGCGGCAACUAUCACAGAGAUGACGAACCAAAUGACUGGGCUCAUAGUUGUCCGUGUUGCGGGCGAAGUGAUUGACGAGGUCAUGUCCAGAGCUGGAGGUUCAGCUUACAACGACAAGGGAGGCCCUUCAGAUCCAACACAGCGAGUUCCUACACGUGCCGCGGCUCUUUGGGACGAUUUCCAGUCGGUGAUCUCCGAGUACAAGGGCAAUGAAGGCAGCGUCAGAGCCGUAACGCCAAUGGAAGAUCCUGAACAGACACGCAAAGACGCCUUCAUCAAGUGUCUGUCUCGCUGCUUGGAGAUCCAAAUGUCGACAGCGUCAUCGUCGAAGGUUCAGGUGUUCAAGGGAGGCAUCUCCGAUGUCUUCCCAGUGACUGACUUCCAAAGUCUCGCCAUCACGGGCAGCCUAUUGGAGUCCAAGUGGAUGCUCAACUACUUCUUCAUGGAGGGAGAUGGACCACUCGACCUACGAAAGCUCAAGCAGGCCGCAUAUCGCAUCUGCCAAGCGUUCGAUAUCCUGCGCACGGUGUUUGUGCCAUAUGGCGAUCGCUUCCUUCAGGUUGUACUGAGAAAGCUGCAGCCCGAGUUCAUCUAUCAACAAACGGACGAUGAUCUUGAGACAUUUACCGCUGACCUUCGCCAGAGAGAUCGCGAGCACGGACCGCGUCUUGGCGAGGCUUUUACACAAUUUGUCGUUGUCAAGCAAAAGCAAACCUCGCGCUAUCGCAUCUUCAUGCGACUUUCACAUGCUCAAUAUGAUGGUGUCUGCAUCGGCAAGAUCCUCGAAGGCCUGCAAGCAGGCUACAAUGGACUUCCGGUCUCCUCCACACCAAGCUUCGGCAACUUCGUUAGAGAGUCCGCAAAGACGAUUGCCGGUGCGCAUGACCAUUGGCGCGAGACGUUACGUGGCUCCAAAAUGACCGAGAUUGUGAACCGUUUUGGCCCCAACUACCAAAGAUCGGCUGGAAGUACCAUCACGCUCGAGCGCAAGUUGACCGCGCGCUCGCUGUCUCGCCUCAACAUCACGAUGGCUACUGUCGUCAAGGGCGCAUGGGCAGCCACGCUUGCCCGUGUUGCUGGCAAGUCAGACAUUGUCUUUGGACACGUCAUCUCCGGUCGCAACAGUGGCGUGAAGAACAUUGAGAACAUCGUUGGGCCGUGCUUGAACACUGUUCCAGUUCGUGUCGUAUAUCGACCCGAAUGGACCGUACGCGAUCUCCUCAACUAUAUCCAAGAUCAGCAGAUUGCAAAUAUGCCAUUCGAAUCUCUAGGCUUCAGGGAGAUCAUUCGACACUGCACCGAAUGGCCUGACUGGACCAACUUCUCGAGUGUGCUUCAGCACGACCAAGGCAUCUCAGAUGAGAAGCCGACGUUACAGUUGGGUGGCGUCGAAUUUGCGCUUGGAGCUGCCGGUACCCAACAAGAUUUCGCAGACUUUUCCAUCAACACUACAUCCCGCGGCGGCACUCAGCUUGACAUCGCACUCACAUACGCACCCAAUAGCACCAUCACCGCCGACUACGCAGAACACGUCUUCGAGAUGCUUUGUGGCAAUAUUGUUACUUUCUCAAUGGACCCAAAUGCGAUGCUCCCAUCACCAUCCGAGCUCUCGUCGCAAAGCUCAACGACUGUGAACUCGGAUCCAGCGCGCAAGAAAUCCGACCAAAAAGUCACACUCGCACUUCCCAGCGAUACAAGCCUGUCGCGUCAUGAAGUUAACACUCUCGCCACCACGCUGCGCGCAGCAUGGCAGCAGAUCCUACACAAUGAGCACGGCACGCCGACUGACGUCGAACUCGAUUCAGACUUUUUCCAACUCGGCGGCGACAUCAUGGGUCUCGCACAAGUUGCUGCCAUUCUUGCUGAGGAAGGCUUCCGCGUCCGCGUCGAGGACUUGCUUGACAAGAGCGUAUUCGUCGAUCAAAUUAGCGUGUUAGUGACGGAAAGAAAGCGGCAGGUGGAGAAGGAGGAACAGAGCGAGAAGAGUCCUUGGGGCGAUAAAGGCAAGGCGAAGAAGACGACGGAGACGAUCAAGGUGAAGAAGGAGAAGAGUGGGUUUGGUGCGUUGGCGAGGAAGAUUGGGUUGAAGAAGAAGUAA